AUGGCGUCUUCCAAAGACCUCCCUCCCUUGACGAAGAGCUACUUGAAGAUCUUCAUCGAGUCUCAAUUCAGGGCCAAACCUUCACAGCUUCCAAAGGGGACCAAUCUCUCCGGCAAAGGCUCCAAUGUUGGGAUUGGGUUCGAGGCUGCCCGCCAGCUGCUGUCCUUCAGCCUCUCUACCCUGAUCCUUGCCGUCCGGUCUGUUCAAAAAGGCGAAGCGGCAGCUGCCAAGCUGUCAAAACUGUAUCCGAAAGCAACUAUCAAGGUCUGGUCCUUGGACAUGUCAUCGUACAAGUCUGUUGAAGCUUUUGCCAAACGGGCAGAAUGCGAAUUGACCCGUCUGGACAUGGCGAUUCUCAACGCUGGGAUCGGCAACCCCAGAUUCGAAGUGAACGCUAAUACCGGCCACGAGGAGAUGAUGCAGGUCAAUUACCUUUCGACAGCGCUCCUUGCCAUUCUACUCUUACCGGUUCUCAAAAAGAAAUCGCCACCAGACGGACCGGGUCGUCUGUCGAUCACAAGCUCUGGACUGGCCCUGAUCGCCAAAACCCCGGAAAGUAACAAGGGAAUCUUGAAGUCACUCGACAUAGUUGAGACUUUCAAUCCCUUCACCAAUUAUUCUGUGUCCAAACUUCUUGCCCACAUGUUUCUAUACCAGCUUGAGGACAAGGUCUCGGCUGACGACGUGGUUGCGAAUCUGGUGGACCCUGGCUAUGUCAAAGGGACUAAUCUUCAGCGUCACCUCACUGGCCUGAGAGCGGUAGUUUCAUGGCUCUUGGGAGCGGCGACAGGCAGAAGUCCAGCACAUGGCGCGUCAACGUAUCUUGAUGCCACGAUCUCCAAGGGCAAAGAGUCCCAUGGAUGUUACCUCGCAGACUGGCAGAUCCGGCCGUUCGCCUCAAUCUUGUACACCCCAGAAGGCAAACAACUUAUCGAGCAAGUAUGGCGGGAGACACUGGACGAAUUUGACUUUGUCGAUGCCCGAGGCAUACUGGAUUGGAUGAAGGAAUGA